AUGCCUCCCGCCCUGCCCGGGAAAGUCCCCUCCCCGCCGAUUGCGAGCGCCUGCCUUUCACAUAGCGCAUGUCGCCCACACUUCCCGAGUCCGGUCGCCCUCAAUUCCCUUCCCAAGAACCCACAUUACCGGACCCGUCGCCCACAAAUCCCUUCCCGUCGCCCCAUUUCCCUUCCCGUCGCACUCACUUCCCUUGCUGUCGCCCUCGUUUCCCUUCCUGUUGCCCUCAUUACCCUUCCCGUCGCACUAAUUUCCCUUACCGUCGCACUCAUUUCACACCCCGUCGCCCUCGUGUCCCUUCCCGUCGCACUAAUUUCCCUUCCCGUCGCACUCAUUUCCCUCCCCGUCGUCCACAUUUCCCUUCCCGUCGCCCUCGUUUCCCCUCUCGUCGCCCUCAUUUCCCCUCUUGUCGCCCACAUUUCCCUUCCCGUCGCCCUCAUUUCCCCUCUCAUCGCCCACAUUUCCCUUCCCGUCGCCCUCAUUUCCCCUCUCGACGCCCUCGUUUCCCUCCCCGUCGCCCACAUUUGGCUACCUGUCGCUCACAAUUCCCUUCAUCCUCCCUUCCUCUCAUCCCCCCUUCCUCUCAUCCGCCCUUCUCUCACAUCCUCUCUCCCUCUCUCCGCCCCUCCUAUCGUCCUCAUUUCCACUCGUCCUCCCUACCCUUCUUUUGCCACACGCCCUCAUCCGCCCUCCCCCUCAUCCGCCCUCCCCCUCGUCCGCCCUCCCUCUCAUCCACCCUUCUUCUCGUCCUCCCUCCCCCUCAUUCGUCCUCCCCCUCAACCGCCCUUCAUCUCAUCCUCCCUUCUCUCAUCCAACCUUCCUCUCAUCCCCCCUUCCUCUCAUCCUCCUUUCCUCUUAUCCUCCUUUCCUCUCAUCCGCCCUUCCUCUCAUCCGCCCUUCCUCUCAUCCGCCCUUCACGCUCUCAUCCUCUCUCCUUCUCAUCGUCUCUCCCUCUCAUCCUCCUUACCCUCGUCCACCCUUCUUCGCGUCCUCCCUCCCCCUCAUCCGCCCUCCCCCUCAUCCGCCCUUCAUCUCAUCCUCCAUUCCCCUCAUCCGCCCUUCAUCUCAUCCUCCCUUUCCCACAUCCGCCCUUCAUCUCAUCCUCUGUUCCCCUCGUCCUCCCCUCCUCUCAUCCUCCUUUCCUCUCAUCCUCCUUUCCUGUCAUCCUCCGAUCCCCACAUCCGCCCUUCCUCUCAUCCGCCCUUCUCUCUCAUCCUCUCUCCUUCUCAUUCUCCCAUUCUCUCAUACUCCCUUUCUCUCAUCCUCCCUUCCUCUCCCCUUCCAUUCCACUCGUCCCCCCUUCCUCUCAUCCAACCUUUCCUCCCAUCCUCCUUUCCUCUCAUCCGCCUUUCCUCUCAUCCGCCCUUCACGCUCUCAUCCUCUCUCCUCCUCAUCGUCUCUCCCUCUCAUCCUCCUUUCUCUCAUCCACCCUUCUUCAGAUCCUCCCUCCAUCUCAUCCGCCACCCCCCUCAUCCGCCCUUCAUCUCAUCCUCCCUUCCCCACAACCACCCUUCAUCUCAUCCUCUGUUCCCCUCGUCCUCCCUUCCUCUCAUCCCCCCCUCCUCUCAUCCUCCUUUCCUCUCAUCCACCCUUCCUCUCAUCCGCCCUUCCUCUCAUCCGCCCUUCUCUUUCAUCCUCUCUCCUUCUCAUUCUCCCUUUCUCUCAUACUCCUUUUCUCUCACGCUCCCUUCCGCUCCCCUUCCAUUCCUCUCAUCCCCCCUUCCUCUCAUCCUCCUUUCCUCUCAUCCUCCUUUCCUCUCAUCCGCCCUUCCUCUCAUCCGCCCUUCACGCUCUCAUCCUCUCUCCUUCUCAUCGUCUGUCCCUCUCAUCCUCCUUUCUCUCAUCCACCCUUCUUCUCGUCCUCCCUCCCCAUCAUCCGCCCUCCCCCACAACCGCCCUUCAUCUCAUCCUCUGUUCCCCUCGUCCUCCCUUCCUCUCAUCCCCCCCUCCUCUCAUCAUCCUUUCCUCUCAUCCUCCUUUCCUCUCAUCCAUCCUUCCUCUCAUCCACCCUUCCUCUCAUCCGCCCUUCCUCCCAUCCGCCCUUCCUCUCAUCCGCCCUUCUCUCUCAUCCGCCCUUCUUCUCAUUCUCCCUUUCUCUCAUCCUCCCUUCCUCUCCUCUUCCAUUCCUCUCAUCCCCCCUUCCUCUCGUCCUCCUUCCCUCUCAUCCUCCCUUCCUCUCCUCCUCCCUUCCAUCUCAUCCCCCCUUCCUCUCAUCCUCCUUUCCUCUCAUCCUCCUUUCCUCUCAUCCGCCCUUCCUCUCGUCCUCCCUUCCUCUCGUCCGCUCUCCCCUUCUUCCGCCCUCCCCCUCAUCCGCCCUCCCUAUCAUCCACCCUUCCUCUUAUCCACCCGUCUUCUCAUCCUCCCACCCCCUCAUCCCCCUUUCCUCUCAUCCAACCUUCCUCUCGUCCACCCUUCCUCCCAUCCUCCCUUCCUCUCAUCCGCCCUUCCUCUCAUCCUCCCCUCCUCUCAUUCUCCCUUCCUCUCGUCCACCCUUCCUCUCAUCCCCUCUUCCUCUCGUCCUCCCUUCCUCUCAUCUGCCCUUCCUCUCAUCCGCCCUUCCUCUCAUCCCCUCUCUCCUCAUCCUCCCUUUCUCUCAUCCUCCCUUCCUCUCCUCCUCCAUUCCUCUCAUCCCCCUUUCCUCUCAUCCUCCUUUCCUCUCAUCCUCCCUUCCUCCCAUCCGCCCUCAUUUCCCUUCCUGUCGUUCCUCAUUUCCCUACCUGUCGUUCCUCAUAUCUGAUUCCUCCAUUCCAAUCUUUCCUCCUUCAACCCUCUCUCCUUGCCUCCUCAUUCUAG